CUUAUGAUUAGAACAUAUAUACGUGUGUAUAGAACAUGAGGUGGUGUAUGUGAAUUAUAUACGUCAUCAGUUAUACCCUAGAUAAAAAAGAAGCGGAAUAGCAGUUUGGAUCCUCCUCUGCUCCUCGUUGCAGGCACUUCCCCGCGGGCCCGCAGCGAACCGAGCAAGCUCCUUCUCGAUCGAGUUCGUGGUUCGCGCGAUUCGACGCUCUGCGCCUGGUGGAUCCCGCUCGACUGAAACCGGUUUUUUGUUUCGUGCUGUUUCCUAAGCAAGCCGUGGCUCACAUGGUUGAUAUGAACCCAGACUCUGAAGAUACAUGUGGUAGCGGUGGCAAUCAUAGAGACAGUAAAGUUGGUGGUCUGGGCAUAAGAGAUGAUAACAGAUCUGAUAUUGAGGCGCCCUGUAGAAAUCCUGGGCAUUGGCAAUGCUCCAUUUGUGCACACGAAAAUGGUACAAGUCAUUUGUCCUGUGAGCUAUGUGGUGUACUUCGGGAUUUGUCACUGUACUUCAAAAAUGCCAGUGAAGCUGAAGCUGGAGGUAAACGCAGAAACAGGUAUUCUGGAGUGUCUGUACUGGCAAGAUCUCUUUUUGAACCAUCCAGUACAAAGACAAAAGCUGUUGUUUUCUCUGAUGGCUUCCAAGCGAAUAGAAAUGCAACAGGGAAUAAGCAAGCUACCAUGGAUGCUCUGCAUAAGACAUACAUGACCCGCAAAGAGCACCACAUCAACAUAGUGCCUUUCAAGUUUGAUACACCAUCUCCUGAUGAUAUGGUCACUACAGGCUUAAAAUCAUCCAGAAAUUUUAGAAAAGUUGACACAGAGGCUCUAUCUAAAGAUAUUGUUGACGUCACCGGAAAGAAGAUGAUGGAUGAUGAUAUUCCUUUAACUGAGAAGGAUACAAGUAUGGACCCAAGUUCAUCAGCAAAGUUGAAUGAACUUGGCGGAACUAGUAGCAAUGUUCCUUCCAAUGGUCAAAAUAAAACUCUUGUUCUGGAUCAUGAGCUCCAACAUUUGAGUUUGGAGAGGAAGCCAAAGAACAGUAAACCCAAGAUUAAGAAACCAGUUUCUAUUUCACAGUACAAGCCAGAACCAUGGAUGCUCCACAGUGAAGAUCAAGAAAUACGUAAACAGCUAAACCUUGCUAUUGUUGGUCACGUUGAUUCUGGGAAAUCAACUUUAUGCGGUCGAUUACUACAUGCUCUGGGGCUGAUUUCAAAAAAGCAAAUGCAUAAAUAUGAGAAAGAAGCUAAAGAAAAGGGGAAAGGAUCAUUUGCAUAUGCUUGGGCUAUGGAUGAGAGCACUGAUGAGAGGGCGCGUGGCAUUACAAUGACUGUGGCUGUAGCAUACUUUAACACUGAAAAAAACCGUGUAGUUUUGCUUGACUCCCCUGGUCACAAAGAUUUUAUUCCGAAUAUGAUAUCUGGCGUUACACAGGCUGAUGCAGCUGUCCUAGUUGUUGAUGCCUCUAUUGGCUCAUUUGAAGCAGGUAUGGGUGUUAAUGGGACUGGACAGACAAAGGAGCACUCACAACUUAUUAGGAGCUUUGGUGUUGAGAACUUGAUAGUUGCUGUUAAUAAGAUGGAUCUGGUGGAAUAUUCGAAAGAGCGGUUUAAUUUUGUAAAAUCUCAACUUGGUAUCUUUCUUCGAUCAUGUGGGUACAAAGACUCUUUAAUCACCUGGGUACCUUUGAGUGCAAUGGCAAACGAAAAUUUAGUGACAGCUGCUUCAGAUUCUCAUCUUUUAUCAUGGUACAAUGGAAAUUGUCUGCUGAAAGCCAUAGACUCAUUACCUCCUCCUCAUCGUGACAUUUCAAGGCCACUGUGCCUUCCAAUCUGUGAUGUUAUUGCAUCCCACACACUGGGGCAUGUGGCAGUUUGUGGUAAAGUCGAAGCUGGAGGAAUCCGAACUGGUUCGAAGGUUCUUGUCAUGCCUUCGGGAGAUUUAGCUACAGUAAGAACCAUUGAGCGGGAUUCCUCGAGUUGCAACUUGGCUAGAGCUGGGGACAACAUCUCUAUUGGUUUGCAAGGGAUCUACCCUGGUCAUAUUUUGUCAGGAGGAGUUCUUUGCCAUCCAGAUUUCCCCGUGUCCGUCGCUUCUUCCUUGGAGCUGAAAAUUUUGGUUCUAGAAAUCACUAUGCCGAUGCUGGUUGGCCUUCAGUUUGAGCUGCACAUACAUCAUACGAGCGUGUCUGCGAGCUUGGUUAAAAUACUGUUAUUGUUGAACCAGAAGACCGGCAAGACCUCAAAGAAAAUGCCACGAUUGCUCACUGCGAGGCAGGCUGCUAUAGUUGAAGUAAAGCUGGACAAGGAAGUCUGCGUGGAAGAAUUCUCAACCCUGAAGGCCCUUGGCCGAGUAUUUCUGCGAUCUCAAGGUAACACCAUUGCAGUGGGCGUUGUGACUCGAAUACUGGAUCAGGCUUAGACCCCUUGGUAACCAGGCAUAUAAUGUACACGAUGUUAUCGGUUGCUAGUCGAUAGAUCUGUAUUAUGUAGUUUGGGGGAAGAAUCUGGUCAACCAACUUGCUGUAUUGCUCGAAAGCACUAACUUCAGAAUUCAGAACCUUUGUAACUUCA